CAUCUAAAAUCUUUCAUAAAUCUCUGACAUAAUUUGGUUUCUAAACAAUAACCAAAUAAUUUAGUUUUAUUGGUGUGAUGAGAAUAACAACUGGUAUUUAUUGUCUAUACUUAUGCAAUUUUAUAGAUGGAGUUUUAACAUUGAAUGCGGAGAACACUAAUUAUGCCUGUCAAGUUCCAAACUUCCAUAAAUGUGAAAUCUGUCUGCUAUCUUUUCCAAAAGAGUCCCAGUUUCAACGCCACAUGAGGGAUCACGAGCGAAAUGACAAGCCACAUCGAUGUGACCAGUGCCCCCAAACAUUUAAUGUUGAAUUCAACCUGACACUUCAUAAAUGUACCCACAAUGGGGAAGAUCCUACCUGUCCUGUGUGUAACAAGAAAUUCUCCAGAGUGGCUAGUCUCAAAGCGCAUAUUAUGCUGCAUGAAAAGGAAGAGAACCUCAUCUGCUCUGAGUGUGGGGAUGAGUUCACUCUGCAGAGCCAGUUGGCCAUACACAUGGAGGAACACCGCCAAGAGCUGGCUGGGAACCGGAUUCAUGCCUGUAAGGCCUGCAGGAAGGAGUUUGAGACCUCAUCACAGCUGAAGGAGCACAUGAAGACUCAUUAUAAAAUUAGGGUAUCAAGUACAAGGUCUUAUAAUCGGAACAUCGACAGGAGUGGAUUCACUUAUUCAUGCCCACACUGUGGAAAGACGUUUCAAAAGCCAAGUCAGUUAACUCGGCAUAUUAGGAUACACACAGGUGAAAGGCCAUUUAAAUGUAGUGAAUGUGGAAAAGCUUUUAACCAGAAAGGGGCAUUGCAAACUCACAUGAUUAAGCAUACAGGUGAAAAACCCCAUGCCUGUGCCUUUUGUCCUGCUGCCUUCUCUCAAAAAGGGAAUCUCCAGUCACAUGUGCAGAGAGUUCACUCAGAGGUCAAGAAUGGCCCUACCUAUAACUGUACAGAAUGUAGUUGUGUAUUUAAAAGUUUAGGUAGCUUAAACACUCACAUCAGCAAGAUGCAUAUGGGUGGGCCACAGAAUUCAGCAAGCUCUGCAGAGACGGCUCAUGUUUUAACAGCCACACUGUUUCAGACUUUACCUCUUCAACAGACAGAAGCCCAAGUCACCUCAGCUUCGAGUCAGCAGAAUUCGCAGGCAGUGACCGAUGUCAUCCAGCAGCUCCUGGAGCUCUCAGAGCCGGGGCCUGUGGAGUCCAGCCAGCCCCCUCAGCCUGGCCAGCAACUGAGCAUCACGGUGGGGAUCAACCAGGACAUUUUACAGCAAGCCUUAGAAAACAGUGGGCUGUCUUCAAUUCCAGUUGCAGCACAUCCUAACGACUCCAGCCACACCAAGACUUCCGCAGCACAUGUUCAAAAUCCAGAUGUGCCCAACGUUUCAAGUGAGCAGACUGACCCUACAGAUGCAGAGCAAGAAAAAGAACAGGAAAGCUCAGAGAAGUUGGAUAAAAAAGAAAAGAAAAUUAUAAAGAAGAAAUCACCAUUUCUCCCUGGUUCAAUCCGCGAGGAGAAUGGCGUUCGGUGGCACGUGUGUCCCUACUGCACCAAGGAGUUCCGGAAGCCCAGCGAUCUGGUGCGCCACAUCCGCAUCCACACCCACGAGAAGCCCUUCAAGUGUCCGCAGUGUUUCCGGGCCUUUGCCGUGAAGAGCACGCUGACCGCCCACAUCAAAACGCACACGGGCAUCAAGGCGUUCAAGUGCCAGUACUGCAUGAAGAGCUUCUCCACCUCUGGGAGCCUCAAAGUGCACAUCCGCCUGCACACAGGAGUCAGACCUUUUGCUUGUCCUCACUGUGACAAAAAAUUUCGAACCUCAGGCCAUAGGAAGACUCACAUUGCUUCCCACUUUAAACACACGGAGCUAAGGAAGAUGAGGCACCAGCGAAAACCUGCAAAGGUUCGUGUCGGCAAGGCGAACGUUCCAGUCCCUGAUAUUCCUUUGCAAGAGCCAAUUCUCAUAACUGACGUAGGUCUUAUCCAGCCUAUUCCAAGAAACCAGUUUUUUCAAAGUUAUUUUAAUAAUAAUUUUGUAAAUGAAGCAGAUAGACCAUACAAGUGUUUUUAUUGUCAUCGUGCAUAUAAAAAAUCUUGCCACCUUAAACAACACAUCAGAUCACAUACAGGUGAAAAGCCUUUUAAGUGUUCUCAGUGUGGAAGAGGCUUUGUUUCUGCAGGAGUGCUCAAAGCACACGUCCGAACGCACACUGGACUCAAGUCUUUCAAGUGUCUGAUAUGUAACGGAGCUUUCACUACUGGUGGUAGCUUACGGCGACAUAUGGGUAUUCACAAUGACCUUCGUCCCUAUAUGUGUCCCUAUUGCCAGAAAACAUUUAAGACCUCACUAAAUUGCAAAAAGCACAUGAAAACCCAUAGAUAUGAACUUGCCCAGCAGCUCCAACAGCAUCAACAAGCCGCCUCAAUAGAUGACAGCACCGUGGACCAGCAGAGCAUCCACGUCUCCACUCAGAUGCAAGUGGAGAUUGAGAGCGAUGAGCUGCAGCAGACUGCUGAGGCGGUCGCAGCAAACCCCGAAGCCAUGCUAGACCUGGAGCCACAGCAUGUGGUAGGCGCAGAAGAAACAGGACUUGGUCAGCAGUUGACAGAUCAACCUUUGGAAGCAGAUGAAGAUAGGUUUGUGGCUCCGCAGCACGCUCUGCAAGGGCCCAUGGACCAGUUUGAAGAGCAGGCUCCUCCGCAGCAAUCCUUCGAGCCGGCUGGCUUAUCCCAGGGUUUUACAGUGACUGAUACGUACAAUCAGCAGACUCAGUUUCCACCUGUCCAGCAGUUACAAGAUUCCAGUACACUAGAAUCUCAGGCCCUCUCCACGAGUUUCCACCAGCAGAACUUACUUCAGGUUCCUAGCUCUGACACGAUUAAUGUAACAACUCGUUUGAUUCAAGAGUCAUCCCAAGAGGAGCUGGAGCUGCAGACUCAACGUCCCCAGUUCCUAGAGGACAGCGAGGACCAGAGCCGGCGCUCUUACAGAUGUGACUACUGCAACAAAGGCUUUAAGAAGUCCAGCCACUUGAAGCAGCACGUGCGAUCCCACACUGGGGAGAAGCCCUACAAGUGCAAGCUCUGUGGGCGUGGCUUCGUUUCCUCCGGGGUCCUCAAGUCCCACGAGAAGACGCACACAGGAGUAAAGGCGUUCAGCUGCAGCGUCUGCAAUGCUUCGUUCACAACCAACGGCAGCCUCACCAGGCACAUGGCCACACACAUGAGCAUGAAGCCUUACAAAUGUCCGUUUUGUGAGCAGGGCUUCCGAACCACAGUUCACUGUAAAAAGCACAUGAAGAGGCACCAGACAGUCCCCUCUGCUGUAUCGGCAACUGGAGAGGCAGAAGGAGGAGAUAUGUGUAUGGAGGAAGAGGAAGACAAUUCUGAAAGAAAUGCAUCUAGAAAGGCUCGUCCCGAGGUCAUCACUUUCACAGAGGAGGAGACAGCACAAUUAGCCAAAAUUCGGCCUCAGGAAAGCGCCACUGUCUCCGAGCAGGUCCUCGUGCAGUCGGCCGCAGAGAAGGACCGCAUCAGCGAGAUGAAAGACAGGCAGGCAGAGCUCGAGGCCGAGCCCAAGUACGCCAACUGCUGUUCUUACUGCCCCAAGAGCUUUAAAAAGCCCAGUGAUUUAGUAAGGCAUGUUCGAAUCCAUACUGGAGAAAAGCCAUAUAAAUGUGAUGAAUGUGGGAAGAGUUUUACUGUUAAAUCUACUUUAGAUUGCCAUGUGAAGACUCACACAGGUCAGAAACUCUUCAGUUGUCACGUCUGCAGCAACGCUUUUUCUACAAAGGGAAGUCUGAAAGUCCACAUGCGUUUGCACACAGGAGCAAAGCCUUUCAAAUGUCCCCAUUGUGAGUUACGUUUCCGUACAUCUGGGCGAAGGAAGACUCACAUGCAGUUUCAUUAUAAACCAGACCCGAAGAAAGCCAGAAAACCUGUGACCCGAAGUUCAUCAGAAGGACUCCAGCCCAUCAACCUCCUCAAUCCGUCCUCUGAUCCUAAUGUGUUUAUCAUGAACAACUCUGUUCUAACAGGACAGUUUGAUCAGAAUUUACUUCAGCAAGGACUAGUGGGUCAGGCGGUCCUUCCAGCCUCUAUGUCAGCUGGUGGUGACUGGACAGUGUCUUUGACGGACGGGAGCUUGGCCACCCUAGAAGGCAUACAGUUACAGCUGGCUGCUAACCUGGUUGGGCCAAAUGUUCAAAUUUCUGGAAUUGAUGCCUCCAGCAUUAAUAAUAUCACGUUACAGAUUGAUCCAAGCAUUUUGCAGCAAACAUUACAGCAGAGCAACUUGCUUGCUCAGCAGCUGACAGGGGAGCCUGGCCUCGCCCCACAAAGCAGCUCUCUUCAGACACCGGACAGUACAGUCCCAGCCAGUGUGGUCAUCCAGCCCAUCUCAGGCCUGUCCUUACAGCCCACGGUGACAUCUGCCAAUCUGACCAUAGGCCCGCUGUCCGAGCAGGAUUCCGUGUUGACCACUAACAGCAGUGGGACUCCAGACCUCUCUCAGGUGAUGACAUCUCAAGGCCUGGUGUCCACCUCCAGUGGCCCCCACGAGAUCACCCUGACCAUUAACAACUCAAGUCUGAGCCAGGUCUUGGCGCAGGCUGCUGGACCCACCACCGCGUCAUCCUCGGGGUCUCCACAGGAAAUCACCCUGACUAUCUCUGAACUUAAUACUACAACUGGAAGCCUUCCUUCAACAACACCAAUGUCUCCAUCUGGCAUAUCUGCUCAGAACCUGGUCAUGUCUUCAUCAGGAGUGGGAGGAGAUGCCAGUGUCACACUGACUCUGGCUGAUACUCAGGGUUUGCUGUCCGGAGGACUGGACACGGUCACACUCAACAUCGCUUCUCAGGGCCAGCAGUUCCCUGCCUUACUCACGGACCCCUCCCUCUCGGGCCCAGCAGGAGCAGGCUCUCCACAGGUCAUCCUGGUGAGCCACACCCCACAGCCCUCCUCUGCUGCUUGUGAGGAAAUCACCUACCAGGUAACUGACGUCUCUGCCAACCUGGCCCGGGGCGGCCAGCCCGAGAAGGAGGGCCGGCUGCACCAGUGCUUGGAGUGUGGCCGCACCUGCGCAUCGGCCGCGAUGCUGCUGCAUCACAGCAAGGAGGUGCAUGGCAGGGAGCGCAUCCACGUCUGCCCCGUGUGCAGGAAGGCCUUUAAGCGCGCCACUCACCUCAAGGAGCAUAUGCAGACACAUCAAGCCGGUCCUUCUUUAAGCUCUCAGAAGCCGAGAGUGUUUAAAUGUGACACUUGUGAAAAGGCAUUUGCCAAACCCAGCCAGCUGGAGCGACACAGCCGCAUCCACACAGGGGAGCGGCCGUUCCGUUGCAGUCUCUGUGAGAAGGCCUUCAAUCAGAAGAGUGCUCUACAGGUGCACAUGAAGAAGCACACCGGGGAGAGGCCCUACAAGUGCGACUACUGUGUCAUGGGCUUCACCCAGAAGAGCAACAUGAAGCUCCACAUGAAGAGGGCCCAUAGCUACACUGGAACUUUGCAGGAAUCCGCUGGCCACCAGGAGCAUGGCGGGGAGGAGCUGAGCCGGACCCUCCACCUGGAAGAAGUGGUGCAAGAGUCCGCGAGCGAGUGGCAGGCCCUGGCCAAUGUGUUCUGACACAGCCUGACGUCUCUUAAGAGCGUUUCUGAAGUUAAAUGUUGUGAAGAAAAAGCACUUGGAAUUUCGGUUUUGAAGCUUCAAGUGUUAACAAUGUUACCACAAUAGUUUUUUAGCUAUAAAAUUAUCUAAAGAAUCAUUGUCUUUCAGAGACUUAGAAAAAAACUGGGGAAAAUGUAGACGCGUUGUUCUCAUUUGUCUACAGGUCACUGAACUCAGGUACUACAAUAGCAGUCUCACCUUCCAUUCCGUGGCCAGUGUAUCUAGUUAAAAAAGAAGUUAACUGGAUCUUACUAUCAUUGUCGUGUGAUUUCUUUGUAUUAGCAAAGACAAAAGUUAACAUGGAAAAAGUAAGAUAGAUUUUCCUCCGUGCUCUCUGUUAUAAGAAGCAUAGAUUAUAAAACACACAUAAGAUAGGUGCAUGAAGUUCAGAAAAAUUGUUAGAACACAGGGAAGUUUUUCCACUUUUUUCUCUGUGCAUUUUGAAAUUAGUAGAAGUUGACUCUUUUUAGUCCACCAUAAGUUAAUAUAACUAAUACCUUGAGAGAUGGCUGGACCAAUUCUCUCUCCAUUACAAAUGUCUAAUCAUUAGUUACAAGAAUGCAGUGUCUGGGGCCUAAACAUGGGGAGCAGAGUAAACCUGACAUACAAAUGAGGGUUACCUGUCUGCACGGGGGGACGCCACACGUCUCCCCAAAUCGAUGUUCAGGUACAUGGGUUAGAUUAUUGCAGAAAGCACAAGCCAUACAUCGCCAACAGGAAAUCACAGAAUUGUUUCCUAGGAACCAAGUAAGCUUGGCCCUGUCUUCCUUGAUAAUUAAGAAAUGCGUUUGUAGUUUGAGGAUAAGAACCCAUACAAGCCCCGGAUUUCCUCUUCAUGCAUAAGCAGGUGUGUUUUUUAUUUCAGGGAAUUCUUUAGUGUCAUCAAUGGUGCCACAUUGUACAUGUCCCAAACCAAAUCCCACCCCGUGCCGGGGCAGAGUGCACGGCGUUCCUACAGCAUUCCAAAGACGGAAAGUUCUUUACUUCAUGUGAAUUUCUCCUUUGAAAUUAUUUAUAUGUUCUAUAUAUAAAUACAUAUGUACAUAUACAGAUAUAUGGGCCUCUGUGUGGCUGAACAGUAUAUUUUGUAAAUAUAAGCACUAGUUCCAAUUACAAAGAGAGCAUCAAAGUUUUUACCUCCCUACGAGCACUUCAGAUCAGUAUUGUAUUCAUUUUAUUAAUAAAUGGAUAUCUUUUUCAUUGUAAUAUAAAGCUGGGGUGGUUUUUUGUUUUUCCUGAGAAAUAAUUGCCUUUAUUUUCUCUCAUUGUCUCCCUGGUUUCAGAAGAGAGCAGUUUUAUUAUAAAUAUUGUAUGGACUUUGUAUAUUAAGAGAGGAGCUCAUUUCAGAUUCCUGACGAAAGAGACAUUUCACUGUCAUUUUUUGAAAGGGCAUCUUUUGAUUUUUUGUUGUUCACUUUUGGCAUAUGUAUAUAAGUAAUACUGAUGGUGAUAUAAAAGCUUUUGUUAUGUGAAAAUAUUUAAGUCAGAAAGCUGUUAAAUAAUAUUACCCUUUUUUUUCAAACUGCUUUGUGUAUUGUAUAUUUUUUUAAGGGAAAAAAAGACUUAUUUGACUUAUUCUUGUGAUGCUGGACUUAUUAUAUACCCUGAGGUUUUCCUUGAAUGUCAGUGUGUAUACCUGGCUGUAGUCAGUAUAUUCAGAAUAAUUGUAAUUGUGCCAGAGUUUUAAAAGUUCUGCUUUUAAUGCACUUUCUUUUAUAAUUUUGUAUUAAAAUAUUUUAGAAAUGUUGAUUAAUUUUGGUGAACAAAUAUCCCCAAAAUUGAAAUUAUUGGAAUUUUUAAAAUUUUGUUCUUGCUAGCUUAUUUAUUUUGGUUUUAGCAUUAAAUGUCAUCUCAGGACAGUCUCUAAAAGGGGUUUGUUUAAUUCCUAAUUGUGCGGAAAGCUUAGUUCAGUGAACUGUAUUGAACUGCCUGCUUAAGUCAGUCCUUACCGGGGGAAUCUGAAGCCUGCUCUUAUUUUAGUUAAAGAAAAGGAAAAAAUCUAUCAACAAUCCAUUUUGUGAGUUUUCCCAGUUUAUUAGCAGGCAAACACAAGGCAUUAAUGCAUUGUUUUGAUUUCCUUCCCGAUUGUAAAAGCUGCUGUUUUGCAAAACAUUUCUUGAAAAUACAAGGUUUUGUAAAGACAUAAUUUCACUUGAACCUUUGGUGGAGUACAGAGUGAUCUUUAUUUUUACUGGUUGAUAAAAAGUCUUCUGACGAGAUUUCUAGCUUCCUGCAUAACCAGGGUUUUGAGGAUUGAUAACUGUAUUUUUAGAAAUAUCUCAGCGUAUCUGCUUUGGAAGAACAAUAAAAAAUGAAGUUAGGAAA